AUGGAGAGGUCUCUGGACUUGGGCAGUAUGUCCAGAGUGCAAAAGUUUAUCCUACUGGGUUUAUCUGCCAGGCAAGGCAUAAGAUUGUGCUUCCUGACUCUCUACCUGCUCACCCUCCUGGAGAAAACGCGCAUCAUUUUCCUUGUCUGCAGUCAUGGUGAGCUCUGAAAGCCCAUGUACUUCUUCCUGGGCAACCUGAGCUGCCUGGAGAUGUGCUACAUGUCAGUGACCAUGCCCAGCUUGCUCAUGGGGCUGAGGUCCGGUGCAUGCCAUGUGCCCUUCACAGCCUGCAUAGUUCAGCUUUUUUUAUUCAUAUCUCUCAUUGGCACCAAGUGCACCCUCCUGGCCUCCAUGGCCUAUGACCACUAUGUGGCCAUCUGCCACCCACUACCCUACCUGCUGCUCAUGAGGCCCCAGAUAUGCCUGGGUUUAGCUUUGUCCUCAUGGCUUUGUGGGUUGUUGGUCUCGGUGGUCAAGAUAUCAUGCAUCACCAGCCUGUCCUCCUGUGGCCCCAAUGUCCUCAACCAAUUUUUCUGUGAUGUCUCCCCUCUGCUCAACCUGUCCUGCACCCACGUGACCCUGACGGAGCUGGUCGACUUCAUCUCUGCCAUCGUCAUUUGCAGGAUUCUGCUAGUUGCUCUGGCCUCAUAUGCGGCCAUCAGGAGGGCUGUGCUCCAAAUGCCUUCGGCUGCUGCCGGCAGCAACCCCUCCACCUGCGCCCCCAACCUGACUGUGGUGGACAUCUUCUGCUCAGUGGUUCUCUUCACGUAUUCCCGCCCCAGCCGUGUCGAACCCACUGACCUCAACAAGUUGCUGUCUGUCAUCUACACGGUGGCCACGCCCAUGUGCCCUGAUCUAGUCUACUGCCUGCGGAACAAGGAGGUCCACGCAGCGCUGCGGACAUUUCCUGCUCCUGACUUUAACACUUUCGUAGCCAAAACACGUGCACAACUUUCAAAGGCAAAUAGAAAUCCGGAGGAAAAUAUUUGCAACAUAACGUAUAAAGACUUCUUUAAAUAA